AUGCCCGCAAAGUCGCGAUUCACGAGGCUAGACGCCUUCGCCAAAACCGUUGAAGAUGCCCGCAUUCGCACGAACUCUGGAGGCUUCAUCACCAUCGCCUCCUUGUUGAUUGUGAUGUGGCUAGUAUGGGGAGAAUGGGCGGAGUACCGACGAGUCGUGGUGCUUCCUGAACUCGUCGUCGACAAGUCUCGAGGCGAGAGGAUGGAGAUCCAUCUGAACAUGACAUUCCCUCGGCUGCCGUGCGAACUGUUGACUCUGGAUGUCAUGGAUGUCUCUGGUGAACAACAAGUCGGCGUCGCGCAUGGAGUAAACAAGGUCCGUCUGAGCCCUCACACCGAAGGAGGCAAGGCGAUUGAAAUCCAGUCCCUGGACCUGCACUCCCCCUCAGAGGCCGCCAAGCAUCUUGCCCCAGACUACUGCGGUCAAUGCGGUGGUGCCAACCCCCCAGCCGACGCCAUCAAGCCCGGAUGCUGCUCCACUUGCGAAGAGGUUCGCGAGGCCUACGCCCAGAAGCAAUGGGCCUUCGGCGAUGGCGGAAACAUCGAGCAGUGCAUGCGUGAAGGAUUCGCUGAAAAGCUCAGCCAGCAGCGCCGUGAGGGAUGCCGCAUUGAAGGUGUGCUCCGCGUGAACAAGGUGGUUGGAAACUUCCACAUUGCGCCAGGUCGUAGCUUCACAACUGGAAACAUGCACGUCCACGAUCUUGACACUUACAUUGUGCCCAAUGCGGGCCCAGCGGAUCAACACACCAUGUCUCACACCAUUCAUGAGCUUCGCUUUGGUCCUCAACUCCCUACUGAACUGGCGGACCGCUGGCAGUGGACUGACCACCACCACACUAACCCUCUGGACGACACCAAGCAGGCGACCGACGAGCCCGCGUACAACUUCAUGUACUUUGUAAAGGUGGUCUCCACAUCAUACCUGCCCUUGGGCUGGGAUCCUCUCUUCUCCGCCUCUAUCCACAGCGCCUAUGACAAGACCCCUCUAGGUUCCCAUGGCCUCGGUUACGGUGCUCAAGGUAGCAUCGAGGCGCACCAGUACUCUGUGACUUCGCACAAGCGUCCUCUGUCUGGUGGCAACGACGCGGCCGAUGGCCACAAGGAGCGCUUGCACGCUGGUGGUGGUAUUCCCGGUGUCUUCUUCAACUACGACAUCUCUCCCAUGAAGGUCAUCAACCGCGAAGCACGCCCAAAGACUUUCACCGGUUUCCUCACUGGUGUUUGCGCUAUCAUCGGUGGUACAUUGACUGUUGCCGCUGCUCUGGACCGCGGCCUCUACGAGGGUGCCAUGCGUGUCAAGAAGAUUCACUCGAACUAG